AUGAUAUUAUAUGCAGCUGUUUCACUUGGUUUAGUUAAUGAAGAAGAUUUUAAAGGAGAUACAGGACUAUUAGUUUAUAGUCUAAAAGACUGGGUAUUUACAUCAAUUGAUUCAAUAUUGAAUGAUUUUGAAACUGGAAAGGUUGAUAUUUCAUCUUUUAACCAACACGACAAAUUAAUGUUUACUUUGACAAUAUUAGGAACUUGUUUUUCAUCAUUAUCUGAAACAUCAACUGAUGUUAACAGAAAAAUUCGGUGUUUAAAAAUAUACAAACAAUGGCUGACAACAUCAAAUUCACCAAUUCUUAUUCAAAAUAAUUGUAAAUAUGUUAAAAUGAUUCUAGGACAUAUUUCAUUACUCUUCUCUCCAGAAAAAAUAGAUGUUGUUCAGAUAUUAAUAUGUUAA